GUUUACAAGUACACAAACUUCUCGCCAAACCUAAGGCCUAUCAGUGUGGUGAAAGCUUUAGGGGAGAUUUAAAAAGACACGUUCAUAAUGGCUUCAGUUAAACUACGGCCAGCUCAGCCAGCGGAUGCGGCCGCCAUCGCAGAUACUCACUAUAGAGCCCUGGAUCGGUAUCACGAGUUCUACGGUGCAUUUUUCGUCUUGGAUCCGAGAGAAAUUUUGGCAAAAUCGACACCUGUGGCGUUAUCAAAGCCAGAAAACAUCAUGUUGGUCGCGGUAGAUGAGGAGUCAAGCGAUAUUAUUGGGAUUGUGAAGUACACUGUUGAGGCAGAGAAAGUGGCGUCUACUACUACUACUACUACUACUACUACUACUACUACUACUGCUGCUGCUGCUGCUGCUGCUGAGGACUCUACUUCUGUCCCUGCCGGGCCUUCGUUUACCGCGAUCAAGGAGCAUUUGAAAGAAUUGUGGACAGAGUUUGGGAAGAGGAGGGACGAAAUGGAUGAGUGUUACGAGAAGGCUGCGGAUGGGAAGAGGCAUAUCUAUAUUCAUACUUUGAUGAUCAGCCCAGAUUAUCAGCGUAGAGGUGUUGGGGGCAAGCUGCUCGCUGCAGUGCUGAAACAGGGUGACGAGGAAGGCAUUCCGACAUUUUUGGCGUCAACGGCAGAGUCAAUCGGGCUGUAUGGCCGGAUGGGGUUUGAGAGCCUGGGGACAUGGCCGAUUGAUAAUGAGUAUUGGGCCGGGAGGGUAGUUGAUCUGGAGAAGGAGCUCGGAAUUGCUGGUCAUGAGGGGCUGCAAGAGACAUUUAAGGGGGUGAGAGAGGUUGAGGACGUGAUGGUGAGGUGGCCGAAGAAGCAAUGAGUGCGUAUGUAUGGAGACAAGUUAUUCGGAGGCAAAGCCAGUUGUCAAAUGCAGCUGCGAAGUGUAUUUGCAGUAGCAAGGGCGUGCUUAGCUACGUAGAAGAUCUAUUAAGCGAAUGAAAUAUACGCAAUACCUAC